AUGUCCGAAGUCGACCACAGUCUGCACAUGAGGGAAUUCUCUCCUUGGAGCGAGAUUCCGACGCGAUAUGCAGCUGAUACGGCAGAUGUGGGACACGACGUGGAUGAUGCUUGGAAGGAAUUGGGAGUUUAUGAUAAACUCAUCAUUCUUCCCGUUCAAUAUGCUGAAGCAUACAAUCUUUCCGAGGAGAAACACUGGCUCGCCACUCCCGAAAGCCAUUGGAAUUUCCUUUGUCUCCACUGCAUCAACCUCCUCCGCCAAGCCCUCUACUACAACAACCCCUUUUACCGCUCUCACCACUCCUACACCUUCUGGCAUCGCCCCUCCUCAUCCUCCUCUCCAAACCCCGAAUCCCAAAUCCGCAACCAUCUCGCACACUGCGUCGACUCCCUCCGACAACUCGUCAUGUGUUGGUCCGAUUCCGACGUGCUACCGUUACUGGCAGCAGAAUUUCCGCUGCAUGUGGAUUUUGCGAGAAGGAAAAAAUGUCGCAAUUUUGAGAGCUUGAGGAGGUGGGUGGGGGACAUGCAGUGGGAGGGGGCGCACGAUCCGGCGCCGGUGCAUUAG